AGACAGACCAUUCCAGAUAACAGUAAUUUGCAUAAACAUGAAGCGUGAAACUCUGAAUAUGUUAUGAACAAUUACGUGGAUAUUUCCGGCCCGCCUUGCGGUUCUAUGCGCCCCCUAAAAACUUCUGCCUACAUUUCAAAAUGAAGCCUCAGAAGCUUGGGGGCUCAGUUUCAGGCAGGAAAAUUUGUUGUGAGUCCAGCGUCUAUCACAUUGUAAAGAAAAUUCGUAAUUUUUUUUUCUGGGAAAUGUGUAGUCAUUGAUAACAAAUAAUGAAAUGUGAUAUUAAGAGAGGGGGGGAGGGGCUGUAUUGUUACCGAGCGCUCUAAAGGUGGCGCAUAUAUGACAUAGUAUUGAAUUCUGGGCUCUCAUAUUUAUUGCAACAUAUGUUCCUCUUUGUUCUGGGCGAGGUUUCAAAAAGUUAUUGAGGGCGCUGUUUCAUGUUACGCAUAAUUAGGUGCGAAAGAGGGAGAGAGAGAGAGGAGAGGGAGACAAAGAGGAAGAGGGGGGAGAAUGUGGCAUGUGUGAGAGAGCGAGCGAGAGAGCUUGAGAAAGAGUGCGAGACAGAGAAAAAUGGAGAGAAAAAAGGAAAGAAUUAAGCUUCUGUGUGGGAGAGAGAGAUUAAAGAGAAAACGCGUAGUCAUUCUAUCAAAUUUCUAAUUAAAUUUUGAAAUGUGUUGAUGUUGAUGAAUGCUUGGAUGCGUCUAACAGUCAACACUUCUGUAGAGUUAGCAAAUCGAGCAAAGCACACAUCCAAUUAUCUUCGACCGCAGAUUUAAUUUAGCCUCAGAGAUUUCAGUAAAGCCUGCGGCAAUACUGUCCAAGUGAUUUUACUCUGGGAAGAGAUUGCACUAACUCAAUCAUCUGGUCACAGCAAGAGACAGUACGUCCUCGGUAAUUUCAUCUCAGCCAGUUUGGGUUCUGCAGGAACUGGUCCCGCUGAAGCAGGUGAUGUACAUUUCAUGGCCAGAAGUUCCACACUAGCCCGCAGGUGCGAGGCUUUAAGAAAUCUGUGGAGCCGAGCAGAAGUAGUCUGAAGUUCAUCGAUCCCUCUCCGGUACUGGUCAGCGUCAAUCUCGCCUCGGCAAGGGGGAGAACACAGGACAAAGGGGGGAAUACAAGCGGAUCUCUUUUUGGGGAGUGUUUUAUGAUGUGAAUACUCAAGGGACAUAAAUCGUGAGUCUUUGCAUUUAAUCGAAGCAAGAGACAAGGGGGAAAAAAAGACAAGGCUGCUAAGGCUGACGUCAACUAGAUCUAGAUAGUUUUGAGACAUGAAUGACACCGUUUUGGACGCUAAUGACAUCUGACUUGUUUAGCAACAAAGACAACUUGAUUGAAAAAGGCUAAGCUGACCUGAGUUUAAAAACUGUGAAUCCGAACCAGUGGAUAUGGUACUCAUAGGGUGGCGAAAGUAAUUUGAAAACAUAACGUCAACAUGGAACUCUGUGAUCGAGAUUAUAACAGCAGUUCGAACUACAGCGCCUCCACACUGCUACUGGUCAGUGUACGCUACCGCGAUGUGCACUGCUACCCGGCACUGGUCAUCUGCAUUUAUGGCGUCAUCACCAACGUCAUUAACAUCAUUGUCCUGACCAAGCCAAGCAUGCGGAACAGCAUCAACUGUAUCCUGACAGGCAUCGCCGUGGCUGACAUGAUCACCAUGUCCUCGUCAAUUCCAUUUACCUAUUACUAUUACAUCAUGGACGAAGAGGCCAAACUAACUAGUCUCCCUUGGUUAACGUUUCUCGCUGUCCACAUGAACCUGACCUUGAUAUCGCAUACGUCAUCGCUAUGGCUAGGGGUCAUCAUGGCCGUGAUGCGCUACUUCUUCGUGCGCCCCACUGCGCGCGGGGCCAAGACGCUCGAAAGCCGCUCCACCAUCAUCGUCAUUAUCGCCACCUUCCUCGGGACGGUGCUCCUCAUUAUCCCCAACUGCCUGGCCACGGAGGUCGUGCCUUGCCACAACAAUGAGACAGGGAAAACCAACUGGCACCUUAAGGUCCCGUCCUUCGGGCAGAACGACGGCAACGUCCUGCACACCGUGAACUUCUUCAUCUACGCGGUGAUGGGAAAGAUCAUACCCUGCACGCUGAUCACCUUCUUUGGCGGUCUCCUUCUGCACACGCUCAAGGUGGCCAACAAGAGGACACGGAGGCUGAAAGGCGAGAACGCGACCAGCAACACCAACUCCCAAACGAGGCGCACAACAGUCAUGCUCCUCGCUAUCAUCGCGCUGUACAUAAUCUCGGAGCUGCCCCAGUCCAUCCUUAUCCUCCUCUGCAUCUUCGUGGAUGGCUUCUUCAGGGAAGUCUACGCCCUGCUCGGGGACUUUAUCGACCUCUUGGCGCUCAUCAACAGCGCCACCAACUUCAUCACCUACAUCGCCAUGAGCACUCAGUACCGGAACACGCUCUUGGACAUCAGCUGCGCAUGCGUGCACAGGACUACCUGCAAGAAGUGCGGCCACACGAGUGCUCUUCAAAGUACGAAGUACUCAAAGACUCCGCCUGCUCCAGUUUGACCUACUUACAAAGUACUUCAAGCUCGUCAAUAAAGUACUUGCUACAAAGUCGCUAUCGGUCCGUUAUUGCUGGGAAAGUCGCCGUUUGACUGAAGCAAGGAGAUAAGGUGAUGGUUCGUGAUUCUAAGACGCUGUAUCUGUGCUCUGUGUGUCUCUGUAAGGUGCAAAUCAAUUCAAUGGUUCUCAAACUAAUGUUGAGUUCUGCCAAACGAUGUUGUCAUCAGGCCGUGAACACUCAGGACCUUAAUAUAAUGUUGUAAAUGGUAUAAUGGUAAAAGUAUAAAAUUGUAGGUCACAGAUAAGCUCAAUUCAUCUUUUUAUUGUUUUGUUUUUUUAUUGUUUUUAUUAUUUAUUUAUUUUUAUUGUCUUUUAUUGGAAGGGUAUUGAUCUUCAUAUAAUUUUUUUUCUGUUCUGCAUGUUGUUAAUAGAUUUACAAAUAUUUCCAAAAAUAAAUAAAAUGUUUCCAAUGCAUUCAAGUUAAAACUGAUCUAAAAUGUGCUUCAGAAGAAAUUUCAUUUGUCCAUUAGGCUAUUUUCAAAACUUUUUACAAAAUUCUCUCUCUUAUAUUCUUAUACAAUGAACAUCAAACCACGGUUUGUCUUUUUCUCUUGUUUUUACUUCUUAUAAUUGUUUCUUACUUUCUCCAGUUCAUGUAAAACUAAGCCCUUCAUUUUUUUUCAGGCAUUGUAAUGUUCAUUUUGUUUUUUUACACCGAAUAGAGCUGGUACAGAAUGAUCAGCCACGUAUAGAUUUAGUUUUAUUGAAAGUUGGAACCAAAUGUUUUUGUUAGAUCUGAAUACCUCAAUUUGAGUCAUCUCAACGUCCCGUCUUUGUGAAACACCAUUCUCAUGUUGUUGUCUUGAUGUGCACUAUCUACCCAGAUAAACUUAAAAUCCCUGGCAUGGUUGGUCACGUGACAUACGUCAGCACAAAUUUGUCGCAGAAUAUUCUAGAUCUACAGGUUGUUCGUAUUCCGAAGCUUAUGGCGUUAAAUUGUCUCAAUUCUUCUGUCUCCCGCGGCAUUCAAUUUAUUGUGCAAAUGUUUUGAUUUUUUUACGCAUUUUUUUUUUUAUUGUGGCAUUUUGGAUCGAAGCCUGUAUCUCUUGUCCACUUUAUUAGUACACUUUAUCAGCAAGUCAGCUUCUAGACAUAUGUCAAUCUCAUAUCGAUCAGCUUUCAAUAAGUCAACAAGUCCUAGAAAUCAAUAAAAGCUGAAUUGAACAAAUGUUAGCAUUGACUUUUCUGGCAUUGUCAUGUUUUUUGUCACUUGCGUGUUCACAUUGUAGUGUUUUGUGUUAGCAUGCAGCUUGUGUGGACAUACUGGCCAGUGAAAAUAAUGUCAGUAGAAUUGAUUGGUCUCACAGUUUCUCAUUAAUGUAUGCGUCCAGGCUGCUGAGUCACAAUGUAUAUACACUUGUCACAUUGUCACAACUGCGUAUGGCUUGUUGGUUGUUAUAUUUACAUAGUUUAGAGCAUGAAAACUUGUAAGAAUGCAAAUAUUGAAAGAACGUUAUUGAGCGAUCAAAGUCUGGAGAUAGUUCAACUAUGCGAAUACAAAAGGUGUUAAUAUAAAAUACAUUGGGAAUAUGACUAAUGACUAGAUUUAUGGGCCAUGUGUUAAUUUGUCCCUGAAUGAUAACUGUAUGGUCACUUCAUCAAGGAAUGGAAAGCUUUGUGACUUAGACCGAGACCAAUCAAUACAGUGACUCUCGAUGUCCACCAAGCCGAGACCAAUCAGUACAGUGACUCUCGAUGUCCACCAAGCCGAGACCAAUCAGUACAGUGACUCUCGAUGUCCACCAAGCCGAGACCAAUCAGUACAGUGACUCUCGAUGUCCACCAAGCCGAUCUCAAUCGUCAUAGCAGGCCUGAAUACUGACCCGUGUCUGACGUACAGAUCCAUGACGUGGCGAUGAGCCAUUGGUCUUCACUACCCACAGGUUGUGACGUCGCAGGCUUACUAUGACGACUGGUCUCGAUCCAGCUCCGUUGAUGGGCACUAUCACUUUGUAUGCUGAAACCAAUACUUCAGGUGUUAUGUCAAAAUGUUUGAACAUGAUCUAAUCUCUGACUUUUUCUUAACUUGUGAUGAAUUUUAUCGGUGAUUCCGCCCCUGAGUAUUUUUAUCCAGACCUUUGCAUAUUGUGGAUUUUUACUGAAGACUUUGUGACUAAAUUGGGGAUUCUAGAACUUGUGUUUUGAAUCUGAAGAUUGGUCUUUGUUCGUUUGUUGUUGAGCUGGCCACAUAAAACCUUCAUUGAUGACACUGAAUGCGAGCUUUGGAUCGCUAUGUCGUGCAGAAAAAUGUAGUUUCAUGCUUGCACUCAUCUCAUAUAUUAGCGUUGAUAGAAGGAUCUAUAUAAGUAUUUAGAGGAAUAAAUAUUUAUUUAUGUGUCAAAAUAGAAACAAAGAACUAUAUUCUGGUGUGUUUAUUCCUAAAUAUCUUUUCAUGUGAGGAGAUCUAGCAUCGGUGAGAAACUAUUUUGUCUUUGGUACGUGGGGAGAUCACUCUCCGUUUCAUUGGGUAACUCAUUCUUCACAAGUAUCGGUAUCUUUCAUGCCUCUGUAGGAGGAGCGCAUGAUCCUCCGAUGAUAUUUCUUAGACCCCCAUGGACUGUAUAUAUAUACAUUUACAAUACAUACAAUGUUGUGUGUUUGUUGAUAUUGUACACAGAAUUCAGAAUGUUGUUUUGUUGUGAAGUUACGUCUUGGUCUGUGCAUCGUUUCUGCACACGAGUUUCAUCAACCUUGUUUGUACACUCACACAGAAUUGAUGUUUCAUGUUACAAUGUACCGUAUGUACAUCAAGCCUGAGAAAUGUGUACAAGUGGUCAGAUUGGCAGCCUCUUUUUGUAU